AUGAACAAACUAAAGCUGGUGAAGACGUCCAAGGAGCUGGCGCUUCAACAAAAGCGACAAGGCGGUGAUGCCAGCUCAGAUGAGCCGCCAAAGCAGCAGCUUCACAUCACCGAACCUCCGUCGAUUGUGGCGUCUGAAACAGGCAACCUCAAGUUGGUGGUCCCACAGACAAUCUCAGAACACAACCAGCUGAUUGUCAAUGAGCCUGUGGCGCGCCAGAAACCGAGGAAUCCUGUCAAGAUACUGGACGAAGAUGAUUAUGCGCAAAAACUGAAGCAAAUCAUCGAAUCUGGAGGAGAUACAACGGCCUUUCAACAAAAACACACCACAGAAGAUAACGCCUCGUUUCAGCAGCUGAUCCAGGUGGAUAACGCAAGAAGAGACGUGAAAACGGCCGACAGAUUCUCAACCACAAAGCUCGACAAUGACUGGGACAAGCCCAACCCCAAAAGUGCCCUAUUCUUCAGACCAAAAGAUAUCCCCCAGGAACCGUCUCUUAGAGGAGAGAUCGCCGUGGAAAAUACCAUUGUGGUGAAGGAGAAUGUGGAGGUGGAGGACCCCAGCAAGAAGUCAGAACAGAUUGCUGACGAUAUCAUUGCUGCGGUGAAGGGCCCGCAUGUUGAUGGGUAUCCGUUCGUGACCAAAAACACAUAUAAGAUCGCUCCAGAGUCCAAGGAGUCCAUGCUUUUGAGAAAACUCACUGCAAAGAAGACUGCCAAGGUCACCGGAGACGUGACUCCACGAGGUGACCUCUCUCCAGCAGGUAGAAACCUCCUGAACAAGAUUUCAAAGAGGAGAAAGUGA